GUGGGCGUGGCCACAGCCCGGCCCGGCGGCGGAGCGGAGCCGCCCGGCGCGGGGCGGGAGGGGAGCGCUCGCAGAGGCGGCCGGGGUCCUGCCGCGGAGAGCAAGCUGGAGAUGGUCGACCAUCUUGCAAACACUGAGAUCAACAGCCAGCGCAUUGCUGCUGUGGAAAACUGCUUUGGGGCUUCUGGACAGCCCUUAGCCGUGCCAGGAAGGGUCCUUCUAGGAGAAGGGAUUUUAACCAAAGAAUGCCGCAAGAAACCGAAGCCUCGCAUAUUCUUUCUUUUCAACGACAUCCUCGUCUACGGCAGCAUCGUCAUCAACAAAAGGAAGUACAAUUCCCAGCACAUUAUUCCCCUUGAAGAUGUCACUUUGGAGACGCUGCCAGACACCUUGCAGAUGAAGAACCGUUGGAUGAUUAAAACCUCCAAGAAGUCCUUCGUGGUUUCCGCAGCCUCCCUCACAGAGAGGAAGGAGUGGAUCAGCCACCUGGAGGAGUGCAUCAGGCACCUGCUGACAAAGACGGGCCGGCAGCCCUCCACGGAGCAUGCGGCCCCCUGGAUCCCAGACAAGGCGACGGACAUCUGCAUGCGCUGCACGCAGACCAAGUUCUCCACGCUCACCCGACGGCACCACUGCCGCAAGUGUGGCUUUGUGGUCUGCGCAGACUGCUCCAGGCAGAGGUUCCUGAUGCCCCGGCUGUCCCCCAAGCCCCUGCGGGUCUGCAACCUGUGCUACAGGCAGCUGCUGGCAGAAAAGAAGAAGGAGGCAGAGGCAGAUCGCAAGCAGCCGGAGCCGAUCUGCUCUACCAUCCCAGGCUAUGAACCCUCCAGUGGUGAUGACAGUGACAAGUCUGAUGAUGACAAAGCUGACCAGUGGCCAGCAGACACAGAGUUUUAUACCUCAGAAGUAUCCUGGUCAUCCUUCCAUAGCUGACCUCCUUGGGAGUCAGUGGCAUUGAGACACUGGGAACCCAGCCUCUGGCCGCCAGUGCUUGUCUGUCUGGAUGUUUUCUCUGGAGGCCGUGCCUAGGAAGGUGGAUCUUGGCCCCUGUGUGUGGUGUCUGAAUGGGGAGCAGGGAUGGGGUUACCCCUCUAAAAACGUGUAUCACACAACACGAGUGCAGAAAGCAAUAGCACAGUGACAAGCAGGGACUGGGGCGGAGACCUGCGGGUCAGCCUUGGCCAAAUGAGCUCACCCUUCAGUGCCUUAAGUCUUCCUGGCUGCAAGAACAGAACAAUAAUAACUUCUUUUCUCAAAUACUUUGAGAUCGGCUCUUGGGAGAAAAAAGGAGCAAGAAAUCCUGGAGUUAAGCACGCUUGCCUGCUAGCAGGGUGUUCCUGUUAUGGCAAGGAGCACUCUGGAUGCUGUUUCCCAUAAGCAUAGCACAUACGUCAGAGAUCGUCAUUGCAAGCGUGCCAGCCUGAGGGGACAGCCACUCACCCCUGCAUGGUAAGGUCAGCAGGCUUCUGUGUCCACACCUGCAUCUCUCAACUUUGGAAACACUACGGGAAUCGUGCUCUGAAUGCAGGGAGCUUGUACGAGGCUUGGUGUGAGCAGCCUUAGCAAAGCACUGGAGCAUCCAGCUCUCGCAUGGAAAGGGGCUGUUGGGGUGGUACAGGGCCAGGAGGGAGGAGAAGGGAAAGGGACAGGUGAAGUUAUGCAGAGGGGUGAGAUAAGGAGGGAGAGACUUCUCACGGUUGACUCAACUAAGUGCAGAGCCCCAGAUCUCAAAAACAGGCAGUUCCACCAGAUUACCAGCAACUUGACGAACUCAGGCUUAUUAGGUAAAAAGACAGCCCAGGGAAGACUUGUUAAAAGUCUUGAAAUCCAGGGAAACACCCCAAAUAAAGAUCCUAUGAAGUACAGCACUUCUACUUCUUCCCUCCCGAGCAGGAGCCCGAGGCAUUGAAUGCUCUCUUGCGGGCUCAUCUCAGGUCUAUCAGUCUCGCAAAUCCAAAGUUAAGGUCCUUUAUGUACUUCCAAGGUUGGAACCCAAGACUUUCCAGUUAACUUGAGAUCAACUUUAAAGUUCAAAUUAAGUUAGAAAUAAACCAUGUUUAUUCAAGUAUUCUAUCAUCAUAUAGCGUGGGAGUAAAUAUACUGAAAAUGAGACAACAGCAAUUGUUUUGCGGCAGACAUUUCUACAGACUCCAUUAUUAAUUUUAGUAUAUUUUUAUAUUGUAUAUUUUAUGCUCUGGAAAAGGAACAUGGCUGGGAGUACACUGCCAAUGUUAUAAACUGUUUCCUUACCUGUUCCGAACAGUGCAUUGCCUGCCAGAUAGCUGAACUUUGUUUUUUUUAAAUUUCAAAGUAAUCAUUCUUACUGUCUUUUGUAAACUGCCACUGUUCCAAUGAAUUUGUAUCACUUGACUGUGUGAAUAAAGAUAUGGCCAACAGGAAGAAGCCAGGAAAAUAGGACAAUAAAGCGUGUUGUUAUUUAACAAGA